AUGCCACUUCCUGGAGACUUUCUGAAUCUUCCGAACAAGGAGUUCAACCAACCAUUAACAAAGAAAUCGCGCACACAAGUAACACGUGUGGUGCGUAUACUGGGGAGGAAAUAUCCCCUGAAGGAUACAUUCUACAAGUAUCUCAACAUCGGGGUUCGAAUCGGUGGUUUCUGUGACGUAGAUCUGGCUAUAGGAGACUCUCGUGGAAACGAAAUUAAAUUUUCUAUGGAUACGUGGAAAGAUCUCCUACGAAAGAGGCAUAACAUUCUGCAGAUUUUUGCUGAUACAUCGGGAACCUCGAGCGAGCCGAUAAGCAUUAAUGAUGUAACAGUUAAAUUCCGACAACUAAACGACGUAAAACUCGCAAAACUCUCAAAUUCUACCGUCUCUAUGUUCAUGAGUGAAAAAACCGUACAAAAGUUGUUCGCUUUCGAAUAUUGUAUCGAUCACAUGUACAAUUGGCUGUCUGAAAACUUGUAUCUGGUAGAAUCUAAGUACAACAAGUUUAUAGAAAUAAUAAAAAAUGCUGAAAUUAAGGAUUAUGCAAAGGCAAUUAUUAAACAUGAAAAUUUUGAGCGUCAUUCACUGAUUGACUCUGAAUUGUUAGCAUUAGGUUUAGAUGUAAUGUUGGAAUACAGUUAUCAAUAAAAGAAAAA